AUGUCUUCCCAACGAAAUAGAAGAAAUCAAAAUGCGAUAUUAAAUGAUUUUUUAUCUCGAAUAAAUUAUCUUAGGAUUUAUCCUCCCUAUAAUAGCAAUGCACAGAUACUUGCCGCUCAAACGAGAAAUUGUAGAAGUAUUCCAAGAAUAACGGGGAUACAUUUAAUGAAACGAAACAUAAAACGUGAAGCCAAUCGAUUACAUGUGUACUGUCGACAUAUCAUUGAUCUGACGACGAAUCAUGUUUGGAAUUUUUCAACAGCUCAUCAACGAGAGCAAUUCACAAUGUUAGCAAAUGAUAUAAACAAUAUAAAUCGAAAUCGUGUGUUGCUGUUGAGUAACGCAGAGACUGUUAAUAGGAUGUUUCAGAUAACUAUACCGCAAGCAACAAGUAGUGAAUUCGACAACGCUUUUUUUAAUGGAAGCAGUUUUCCAUAA